AAAAUGUCCCUAUCUGUCUCUAACGUUGAUAUUGUUUUCUUUAUAUUUGUAUUCAAAUACCGGUAUUUAAUUAUUUUCAGUUUGAAGGAUGAGUUUCUUUAGGUACAUGGUAGUGAGCGCAUUAAUUCUUGUUACAUCAGCUGCUACUCAACCUCCUGGAUUACAAAAUAAUGGAUCAGAUGAAGCAGCUAGAAAUAGUGACAAUCCAAUUCAGAGGGUCCUGGAGCAGUUUUUUGUCAAAAAAGCGAAAGGAAUGGAAAUGGAGAAGGCUAUCGCAGAAAUGGCGUCCACAAUUAAAAACAUGAUGGCCACUAUUGAUGCAAUGAAAUCUUCUAUUUCGUCGCUCGAAAGAGAUAUUGCAAAUAGGAAAGAAUUCAGAUGUGAAUCGGGCGUUUUAGGACAACACACCGCCCCUGCUCCUAAUUGGCCUUAUGGACAAACAAUCACAUUUCAAACAGCAUUUCAAGAAAUGCCGACCGUAACAUACGGAUUAUACCUGCUUGAUUCCGCUGGUACAGUUAACCUUCGUGUUAGCACAGAGGUAAAGGAUAUAACCAGGGGAGGGUUUAGCAUAAACCUCGCAAGAUGGGGAGACUCAGUGCUGUACGGAGCCAGAGUCAGCUGGAUGGCGUGUGGAAGAUAAAGCAUGUAUUCCCCGCUUAGAUAAUGUUGCUUUAUAUGCAAUAAAAGUUAUAAUUUACUCUGAA